GUGGCGGGCAGCCGACAGCGGACGGCCGGGCCGUACACGGAGGCAACGGGCGACGCCGGCCGCGUGACUGCGUGCUGCCUCCAGCGACACCGGCGGACGCGGCGGCCGUCAGCGUGUGUGACGCGUCGACUGACGGGGCCUCUGGCACCGGACGGGGGUCGGCGAGCGGUCUGUGAGCGGCCGAUGCGGCGCCAUGUGAGCGGUGAGGCCCGCCAGUGACGCCCGCGGACAAACAGUGACGAGCGACAGCGGCCCGCGUAUGGAGAGUCAGCUGUAGACAAACACACAGCCUCGUUGAUUACAGAGAUGGAGCGACGCUGGAUUGGCGUCUGUCUGCUGUGGUGUCUGGCUACCCUGAGCACGCUCCAGCCCGCACACGGGUGCUCGGAGCCGCUGGGCCUGAUGACGGGGGAGGUGGAGGACUGGCAGGUGGCGGCCAGCAGCACCCUCAGCUCGGACAAGAACUGCAACACUAAGUACGCCCGGCUGCACGGCCCCAGCGGACGGGCCUGGUGCGCCGGCUACAAGCGCGAGGCCGAGUGGCUACUCAUCGACCUCGGCGUCGAGGCCACGAUUUCCAGCGUGAUGACCCAGGGACGUGGCGAUGGAAAAGAGUGGGUCACCAAGUUUGUCCUGUCGUACAGCGAUGACGCCUAUACAUGGAAGUUCACUAACGACAUCUAUGGAAAGAAAAAGACGUUCUCGGCCAACACGGACUCACACUCGCUGCGUCACCUGUACCUGGACGAGCCAAUCACAGCUCGGUUCGUGCGCGUCCAUGUGAUGGAGUGGCAUGGCCACCCCAGCAUGCGCUUGGAGCUCAUCGGCUGCCAAGAGUGUCGUCAGCUGAUCAGCGUGCCACCACACGCCAAGGUGACCGCCUCCAGUUCGCCCCGCUGGCGGAGGAGACGAUCCUGCCAGCCAGAGGACGGCGUCAUCUUCAGUAGCUCAGCCUGGUGCUCCAGGCACAAAAACAAAAAUCAGUGGCUUCAGUUCGACUUUGGCCCGCCACGCAAGGUGACCGGCAUCUUGACGCUGGGCCGCGGAGAUGGAAGGAGACAGCGGUACGUCGCUCAGUACAGCUUGUCCUACAGCAACAAUAGCGUGGUCUGGCACUUCUACAAGGACGACAAUCACCUCGACCCAAAGGUGUUUGCCGGCAACAUGGACAAGGUCACUGAGCGUCGCCACUACCUCAACCAGCCGUUUGUGGCCAGCUAUAUCCGGCUUCAUCCUGUUGACUGGCACAAGCAGAUUGCCAUGAGGGCUGGAGUACUGGGUUGUCCCAAUCGAGGCACCUGUGGCCCCGGCUACAUGCGAGUCAACCAGGGGUCACCCUGCCUUGAGAACAUGGCGUACCAGCGGCCGACGUGGGUGAACGACAAGCGGCAAAGCUGGAAGGACUGGACCUACGGCAACUCGAAGCUGGCCGUGGACGGCGACGAGAGUAACCACCUCAACAAGUGCGCCAUCCUCGACAACUAUUACGUCGACAACCCCGUCUGGAUGGUCGAUCUGGGGCGUCGCAGGAAGAUAAACGGGGUGGUGAUGGCGCUCUGGGACGGCAAAGGCGAAGACCAAUCCACCCAGUACCGCGACUAUGUACUCAACCUGGACAAGCUUAGCGUUUACGUCAGCAACAAGCAGCACGUCGUAAGCGUGGACGCGGGCACGGGCAGCAAGUGCGACUACGUCAGCCGGGCCAAUAAGGCCCUCUUCCGGCCCCGUCUGCACGUGUCGUGCCCCAGGGAGCUGCAGGGCCGCUACGUCUACAUCAAGGCGUAUGGCGUGCCCAACCGCUGGCGCAAGCUCUUCACGGCCAUCCUGUGCGAGGUGAUGGUGUACUAGCGUAACCGCGGAUUGCGGUUGACAGCGUAGUGGGCAGCAGCCGACACUAGUCUCGAUCUGACGCCUCCGGAGGGACGCAGUGGACUCUGCUGGUCCGCCACUGUCGCCACUACGGGAGCUAAUCUCAGCGUGGAUAGGCUUGCUUCACGUGAUUUGACUUAAAAAGUGAUGCUUGUGCUUCAUCGUCGCCGAGUAGAAGCGGGCAGGCAUCCCGGGGCGCCGGGUGCGCGUCCAGUUCAUCAUCGUUGCGUCCGGUUCGGUUUGGUGGUGUAGUGCAGCAGCUCCACGGCAGGCUGCUAGAUGGGGCCUAUUGGUCGUCGUUGCAUUUGUGGUAGGUGUCAUGCGUUAUGUGCAAUCAUGUGUAUCAGCUGUCUAAUAAAGCCUAUUCAUCCCGA